CGUGCGGCGAGUGAAAAAAAUCCGCUCUCGAAGGUAGAACAAACGCGGUGGUGCGAAUUUUGCUAGUUUUUCGUCGUUAAAACACUUUCUCAUCGUCGGCUAGUUUCUCGUCGUGAAUUUGCAGUAACCAUGGCUGACCAGUAUGGUGGAUACGGCGGUCCGGAUUAUGGCGGGGGUGGUGUUAGUGGAGGUGGUGGAGGGUCGGUUCAAUUUAAUGUGCCGCCUCCUUCGAUAGGUCAAAAUUUCUCCCAGCCUCCUCCGAUGAACAAAUUUGGCGGUGGCAGCACCGGUGGCUACGGGCAGCAGAGUUCCGGUUCUGUUGGUGGUGGCUACGGUGGACAAGGCGAUUAUAACGGCGGAGGAGGAGGUGGCCGUGGUGGCGGUGGCAGUGAUGGUGGAUUUGGUGGCGGCAAUCGUGGCGGCUACGACAGACGAGGUGGUAACCAAUCGGGCGGAUAUAGCAGUGGCGGCGGCAACAAAGGUGGUUAUAACAAAGGAGGAAAUGACGGUGAAAUGAUUACCCAGGAAGAUACCAUCUUCAUCCAGGGUAUGACACCGGAAACCACGGAAGAUGAAAUCGCCGAGCGGUUCGGUUCGAUUGGCGUCAUCAAGCGUGAUAAGCGUACCCAAAAGCCCAAAAUCUGGAUGUACAAAGACAAAGAGACGGGUAACAUGAAGGGCGAAGCAACGGUCACGUAUGACGAUGCUAGCGCUGCCCAGUCCGCCAUCGGUUGGUUCGACAACAAGGAAUUCAACGGUGCGGUUGUCAAGGUAACCCUGGCCCAGCGGUUUAGUAACUGGCAGAACAAAGGAGGAAGUCGAGGAGGAUUCAACAAGGGAGGCGGCGGAGGAUUUGGUCGUGGUGGGGGCGCGGGUGGCGGAGAUCGCGGUGGCGUCGGUGAUCGAGGAUUCGGCAACCGUGGCGGCGGUGAUCGGGAUGAUAGUCGCUCGAGGCCCGGCGGACCAAUGGGCGGCGGUGGACGUGGCGGUUUUGGGGGUGGUGCUGGCGGCGGCGGCGGUGGUGGUAGUGGGGGCCAGGAUCGCGAGGGUGAUUGGAACUGUGGUGAUUGCAAUAACAAGAACUUUGCCUGGCGUAACGAGUGCAACCGCUGUAAGGCACCGAAAGGUGAUAGCGGUGGUGGUUCCUCCGAUGGUGGCGGUCGAGGCGGUAGUUACGGUGGAGGCAACCGUAACGGAGGCGGAGGCGGUGGCUUCGGAGGUAACCGUGACCGAGGAUCGUUUGGUGGUGGUGGUGGUGGUGGUGGACCAGACCGUGGUUAUGGUGGUUCCAACCGAGGCGGACGCGACGGAGGAGGUGGAUAUGGCGGCGGUGCUAUGCGUGGAAAUGACCGGAAUAACCGAAACGACCAACGGCAACGUCCUUACUAAGGACCAUCCCUUCUGUACCUAGUAAAUAGUGAUGUUCAAACUUUUACUAUACGUCAUCCGCCAAUCAUUGCUACCGAUGAAAGCAAGCUAUUUACUUUUUCCGAUUUGUAUCUACCUGACCAUCAUCACCCAAGGGUUAUCUCAUGCAAAUCACACGUGGCAUGAAGAGUAUAGCUCUUUGGUACAUAAUUAACAGGCGUUGCAUUUUCACGAAAGGAAACAUGAGCAGCGAAGAGACCGAGGGAGCGAUAGGGGUAGUGUGACAAAAUGCAGCAGAAUGCAGUUCGAAUAACACCGAUACCUCGUUCAAAGGGUCGAAUCCCUUUAACGUACGCCAAUGUCUCGAUAAGAACAUUAUCAAUUUAAUCUUGAAGAAGCCGCGCGAAUUGCACUAGUAGCAUCUACUACUCGCGACGACACUACUCUGCACACGCGUAAUGCAACUUCUCUCCUUUUCUUCACGCGUACUACCGAAACCAAUCAACCGAAGUCGAGCUGUAGGAGGGUUGAGGGCACCCGUUGUCUUGACUUUUGACGGCGCUAUCAAUCGGUCGGUAAUUGAUAGGAAUUGUAAAUGAAUGUGUAUUACUCUAGUAUAAUGUAUGUGUGUGUUUCGUUCGGUCCUUAAUUUUGUCACUCCCACCAGCACAUCGCCCAUCAAGGAGAAACCCCUUCUUACUCUCGACAGGUUUACAUCUCACCCGUUUUCCCUCUUCCGGUUUUUGCCCACGGUUCGAUGAGUGACAUCAAAGAAAGCUCUGCAUUAACUAGGAUUUUCCGUUGGCAAUGGCUACUGUGCCGAGUUGCACCUUUCACUGGGGAACGGUUAGAUGCUACGGUGGCUAGAUCAGGUGCAUCUGCUACACCAAACUCCGUGUAUCAUUUGCUAGAGGAAAAAGGGAAAGAAGGAAACUAACUAAGAAUAUCCACCGUCCUUCAGGAACCGUCUGGUUAUGACGCACGACAGGAGGGGGGGAGUGAGCUAUACCAUGUAAACUUAUGGAAGAAGAAUAAACAAGAAAAAGAAACAUUGUCUUCAACACAA